AUGGCUCCUGCAAGAGUGUUGGUAAUCGCGGGCUCAGAUAGUUCAGGCGGGGCCGGACUGGAAGCGGACCAAAAGGUCAUUGCUGCUCACGGGUGCUACGCCAUGACAGCCACGACGGCGCUCACGGCCCAGAACACGAAGGGGGUGUAUGGCAUCCACCUGGUGCCGCCCGAGUUUCUCAAGAAACAGAUCGACGCCGUCAUCGAAGACGUUGGGGUAGACGUUGUCAAGACAGGCAUGCUCGCCUCGGCCGAGACAAUUGAAGUCAUUGCUCAAGCCCUCGAGCAACACAAUGUCUCCACCGUCGUGCUCGACCCAGUAAAUAUCCACCCUCUCCCAUCUCUGCCUUCCGACUCACUCGCCUACGGGGAACUCACACUUCGGUGCGCUGCGCAGGUGAUGAUAGCAACAACAGGCGCCCAGCUGCUGCCUCCCGAAGCCCUCCACAUCCUCCGCGCCCGCCUCCUCCCGCGCGCAAACAUCGUGACGCCCAACGUCCCGGAAGCUCUCCUCUUACUCUCUGACAACAGCAGCAGCAGCCAUAUUGCAACAACAACGCCUGCGGCUGUCAGCAACGUAGGCGAUCUCGAGACCCUCGCCCGGGCGAUACGCAGGCUCGGCCCGAAGUGGGUCCUGGUCAAAGGUGGGCAUUGCCCAUUCCGCAAGGACGGUACCGCUGCUCGGGCGGAGAACGAGAGGGAGUUGGUGGUCGAUGUGUUGGUUGGAGAAGGGGAUGGCGGGACAGAGGAGGCCGCGGAGGUAGUGCUCAGGGUGGAGACGGAGUACUGCGAUUCAACGAAUACCCACGGCACGGGGUGUUCUUUGGCUUCGGCGAUUGCGUCGAACUUGGCAAAGGGGAUGGACAUGCCUGCAGCAGUCAGAGCUGGCUGCAGAUAUGUUCACGUCGGCAUCCGUACUGCGCCGGGGCUGGGCGGCGGCAACGGGCCGCUCAACCACUUCCACUCGGUCUAUGCGCUGCCCUUUUCGCGGGGCCAUUUCAUCGAUUACCUCCUCGAACGACCAGAUGUUGCGCCUGUGUGGGACAGGUUUGUUAACCACCCGUUUGUGUUGGCCAUGGGAGAUGGAACGCUGCCGAUUGAGUCGUUCAAGGGGUACCUGAUCCAGGACUAUCUCUAUCUUACACACUUUGCUCGAGCCAACGCACUUGCUUCGUACAAGGCCGGUACGAUGAAGGAUAUUGCUGCUUCCGCCGCCAUCGUCACGCAUAUCUUCCGCGAGAUGGAGCUGCACAUCGGCUAUUGCGCAGGUUUUGGCAUCUCGAGGGAAGAAAUGGAGAAAACAGAGGAGAAGGGAGCAUGCACGGCAUACACCAGGUACGUGCUCGACAUCGGCCAGUCUCAAGAUUGGCUUGGGCUCCAGGUAGCCAUGGCACCCUGCCUCCUCGGAUACGGCGCCAUCGCCAGGCAGCUGCACGCCGAUCCGCGGUCCAAGAGAGAAGGCAACCUGUACUGGACGUGGAUCGAAAACUACGUGGCCGACGACUACACCACGGCAGUCAAGACGGGCUCUGAACUCCUCGAAAGACAUGCGGUGCUCCAGAGCGUGCCGCGGAUAGAAGAGUUGGUCAAGAUCUUCAUCCACGCUACAAAGGUCAGCUGCUGGGUCUACUGGUUGGAUGUGCCCCUCGACGCCGGUUGGACGCUGACACGUUUGGGCCUGCAGAUGGAAAUUGCGUUUUGGGAGAUGUACAGUGCGUCUUAG